CAUAAAUACCCACAUCCCCAUUCCCAGUCCACAACAUUAAUAAGAAAAAUCCAUCAAUGGCUUCUCUCACGAGUGCUCUCCCACUGCUUCUGCUAACAGCCGCCUUGUUACUAGCUAUACCGGCAGCCUCGACUUCCAGGCAGCUCACCCAGCUCGACCCAACCACCUCUGCCACCGGCAGUUUCCAGGUCACCCUAACCCACGUGGACUCCGACAAGAACCUGACCAAGUUCGAGCGGCUCCAGCACGGAAUCUAUCGGGGAAACUAUAGGCUCCAAAAGAUCACCGCAAUGGUACCAGCCCAAUCCACUCCCGAAGCAGACGACGUGGCUGCUCGUGUUGUGUCGGGCAAUAGCAAGUUCCCAGCACCUCCGCCAGACCUCCGUCUUUGAGCUCCCCAACGCCAAUGUCUACG